UUUCAAUUUUGAAAUGUUGUUGUGAUGAGCGUGCUUGAUGUUGUGAAUUUAUUUUAUUUUGGGCACAUAAAUUUGGCUAAAUAUCGAAGGUGUCAUCACAGAAGAAUCACAUUGACUGAUCUAGUGAUUUAUUGGUUUUUCGUUUAUAUGUUAACAAGACGGGAUUUUAAAUAAUGUGUUAUUGAGCUUGUGAAAUAUUAUAAACGUGAAAGUGAAAAUUUCCUAAUAAUGGCAGUUCCAGUUACAAUCCAAAAAGAUCUUGUUGGGAAAUUCAAAAGAGAGAUUUCUCUGAACGCUGAGGUUUUGAAUAAAAUACGACCGAUGUCACCAGAGUUGUCACGGCUUAUAUUUAAAGAGAAUGCAUUGGAGAAACCCACUCAAAAUAUGUUCAACCAUUUUUCAUAUUACUUGGUGUCUAUCAUAGACUUCCAAACUGCGGAUAAAUUCUUAUGGCCUUUGUACGAUUCGAAAACGGAAAAAACUUACAGGAGCAUGCUAUCAGCAUUCAUCAACGAUUAUAGCAGCCAAGGAUUGUUAUCUCCUGUUAUGUCGUCUUAUUUAGUGAAUCCAGGCUGUUAUAAAGUGACUAAGCUGUUGUUUCAAAUGACUCAGCUGGCUGUGCAACAUCUUCUCUUAAGUAAAAUGUCAAAAGAAAGUGAAAAAGAUUUGUACAAAAAGGUGACUGAAAAAUACAAAAUUAAUAGUGAUGAUUUUGUUGAAGAGGUUAUUAAAGAAGUGGAAGCAAUUCCGAGUAAUCUUUACCGGCACCAAAGAAAGAGGUUAGCAAUGGAAAAUAUUGCUUCCAUACUCCGUGAGAAAAUAGUUAGUAUGGAGGAGAAACUUACAUCGUUGAAUGCUCAGAAAUUUAUAGAUAACUUAGUUGACAAUUACGUCAAAGAAAAUAGUUUAGAUGAGGCUACUAAGACUGAGGUAAUGAAGAUCAAAAAUGUUAAAAAACCUGCGCCAUUCUUUGAUAUUUGGUUGGAGUAUGUCGAUGAAAAUGUGAAAAAUAUGGACUCCAAAUGGGAUGAAAAAGUCACUCCUUUCCUAGAAAUUUGUACAGAUUGCCAGAAGAACACAUCAGAUCUUAUAGCGAGGCACACCGGGGAAGCCGACUGCAACUCUUACAUGAUCGAGUACAAUCAUUUAACGGAUGAAAUAUGCACAGAUGAAUUAGAAAAUCAAGUGAACUCUCAACAAAAAUAUAUUCUCAAAAAUAUUGUAAGAAACGAAAGACUUUACUUCCCAAAUCUCAUUAGGGGAUUUUUAAUAUCAAUUUGUUAUAUACUGAAAAACAAUGAGAUAGGAGAUGAAAUAUAUAAAUUUAAUGAGUAUUUGGAUAAUGGACACAGGAAUUGGAAUGAAUUAAUCUUGGCUAUGAGGAUGCUUAACAAUAGGGUAAUGAAUGCAGAAGCUAAGCUACAGCCAUCACAAUCGGUCUUUAACCAAUCUGUGUCGUUGAAAGAAUUUGAAAUACCGCCACUUCCAGAUUUGUCAGGACUAAAAGCCAAUAGGGACAAUAUAGGUCAAACAUUAAUAGAGACCUUCACUCCGUUAAGUAUGUCGAAACAUCAGUUCAAUUUGCACAGGAAACAUAAUUCCUUCAGCUUCAGUAAACCACAGGCCAAGGCCUUGAUCACUCCGUUUCACCAAGGUCCUCGGGAUAGUUUUCUAAACAGCCUCAUAUCUUGUCGCGUUAGCACAUAUGAUCGUCCAAAUGUGAGUACCAAUUUCAACAAUAUCUCUGUUAUAUCGCAAGCAAACAGUAGAGGUAACGAAACUAUAGCAGAAUGUUCAGCAGGAUUUACAAAACAACAAAUCAUGAGGCUAUUGUCCGCCAAAAAGUCCAGUAGCUCAAAGAAAUUCAAGCACUCCUCUGUAAGACCCAAUAUUAAUAUCAAAAAGGGUGGUCUGUUCAAUGAAUCAGAUGAAUCCUCUAGCAGCAUACAAAUGUUUAGGAGUUACUCAUCACCUAAUUUAUAUGAAAAUAGGGAAAAGAAAUGUUUUUUAAAAACCGGAAGAAGAAAGCUGUCGAUUAUGCAAGAAGGCUCAUCGUCGCUUUUAGAAGUAUCUGGCAUAGCUGCUUUAGAGAAAGAUGACACAUAUGGCACCCCAGAGGGAGUCAUGGGUUCAAAGAAAACAGAUGCUGCUAGUGUUCCUGUCAUAGUUGUAACACAGGAGAAAAACGUGGCCAAAGUAUUCAAAGAAAUAGAAGAAGAUUUGAAUAAAGAAAUAGAAGAUCAAAAUUUUUUGAAUAAAGAAAUUACAAAUGAAUGUUCUGCGUUGAAGUCAGUAGAGCGGAACAGGAGUAGAAAGAGUUUUGAAAACAAUGAGGAAUCAAAGACUGAAACACCUAAGACAGAUGCACAGUUAAUAAGAAAAACAAGUUCAUUAGAGAAAAUUAUUAAUCGGUUUAAGAAAGUCAGAGCUAAUGUAAUGCCACCCGAUGGUAAAGAUGAAGAGAGUAAUUUUAUGACCAUCGCUGAAGAGAAAGAAAAUGAAAAUGUUAAUGAUGUUCUCACAGUAAAUAGGAUCUUAUUGCCUGAUCUAUUGAGUCCAAGUUUAAGUAUAAAGUCUAGUGAAUAUUUAGAUCAGCUGUGUUCAGAUGUGGACGACUCAUUAAAGGACAGGAAGCCACGGCAAAGUCUUGGAACUGUGCUGGGUGUAGAUAACACAUUCUUAGAUCAAUUCGAUUUAAUAGACUAGAAUAGUUACUAUAUUCCUCAUUAGUCAAUAAAUACUGCCUGUUAUCAUACAUUUUCCCUUAUAUAUUUUAUAAGUAAGAAAGAAUUUCUAAGACUGAAAUCAUGCAUUCAAAACAGUUUUGAAUGUUACUGAAUUAAUUAAGUCUAAAAUUAUGUAAUCUUUUCAAGAUACUUGAAUAAAAAAUAUGCUUUAUACUCAAACAAUAUUCAAUACCCUAGAUAUACUAUGUUCGCUCAAAAUGUUACCCAAUCAUGAAGUGCUUGAACAACACUUAAGCACUUCUUGGUUCACAGUCACGCGCGGACCGUUG